ACUGUCCAAUGAUACUCAGAUAAUUUCACUACAGUUUUAUUAAUCUAUCCUAUUGUUUCUUUGUGUUGAUAAAUUUUUGUAAUGACUUUGUGUUUUGACAAUUGAAGAUGUCUAGUGUUUGUGCAGAUUUGUGUGUAGUUUCUGUGUUGGAUUGUGAUGUUGGGAUUUAGGCAGUUCUUAUUAAAGUGCUGCUGGCGGUUCGGCGAGAUGCACACAGCCACAGCAGAGGGCCAGUACCGGGGCACCAACGGCGCAACUCACCCGAGGGAUAAAGUCGCCAUCCUAGACGCUGGAUCGCAGUAUGGAAAGGUGAUAGAUCGCCGCGUACGCGAACUAUGCGUUGAAUCCGACAUCUUGCCGUUAGACACACCCGCGUACCACCUCAAAGAGGCAGGGUACCGCGCUAUCAUAAUCUCAGGAGGUCCUAACUCUGUCUACGCUGAAGAUGCGCCGAGAUAUGAUGCUGAUAUAUUCAAGAUCGGGCUACCGGUGUUAGGUAUCUGCUAUGGCAUGCAAAUGCUGAACAAGGAGUUCGGUGGCUCCGUGCUCCGCAAGGACGCCCGGGAGGAUGGACAGUACGAAGUCGAAGUGGAAACCACAUGCCCUUUGUUCAACCGCCUGGAGAAACUCCAGCCCGUACUGCUGACCCAUGGAGACAGCGUGCAGAGAGUCGGAGACCGAUUCCGCGUCGGCGCUCAGUCGUCCAACCAUCUCAUUGCGGCCAUAUACAACGAGCAGAUGCGGCUGUAUGGAGUUCAAUUUCAUCCAGAGGUGGACCUAACCCCGAAAGGCAAACAGAUGCUGUCGAACUUUCUGUUUGACAUAGCGGGCAUGUCGCGCUCGUUCACGCUGCGCUCGCGCCGCGAGGCCUGCGUCCAGUACAUCCGCGACGCCGUCGGAGACAGCAACAAAGUUCUUGUUUUAGUGAGCGGAGGAGUGGACUCGACAGUGUGCGCUGCUCUGCUCCGGACCGCGCUGCGCGAGGAUCAAGUCAUCGCGCUACACAUCGACAAUGGAUUCAUGCGUAAGAACGAGAGCUCUAAAGUGGAGAGGUGUCUUCGCGAGUUGGGAGUUAGGCUUCACGUCGUCAACGCGUCUCAUCAGUUCCGGCAAGGCAGCACAGUGGUCCGCGAGGCGGGCGGCCGCACGCGGAGCACGCCGCUGCUGUGCCACACGCAGGCGCCAGAAGACAAGCGUCGUAUUAUCGGCGAUGUCUUUAUACGUAUUGCUGAGCAGGCCGUGCGCGACCUAAAUUUGCAGGAGGACCAAGUUCUCCUCGGUCAAGGCACGCUGCGCCCGGACCUGAUCGAGUCGGCAUCAGCGCUGGCGUCCGGCAACGCGGCCACCAUCAAGACGCACCACAACGACACGGACCUGGUCCGCGCCUUGCGCGCCCGCGGCCGGGUCGUCGAGCCGCUCAAGGACUUCCACAAGGAUGAGGUGCGCGCGCUGGGGCUGGAGCUGGGGCUGCCGGCCGCGCUGGUGGCGCGCCAGCCCUUCCCGGGGCCCGGCCUGGCCGUGCGCGUGCUGUGCCAGGACGAGCCGCGCGCCGAGCGGGACUUCUCCGAGACUCAGGUCAUAGUGAAAAUAAUGGUAGAGUACGCGAGCAUGAUCGUCAAAUCGCACGCACUACUAGGCCGCGUAGUAAAUGCGACCACGGCCGCGGAGCAAGCCGAGCUCAAACGCAUCUCCUCCAAGUCGCCCAUCGCCGCCGCGCUGCUGCCGCUGCGCUCCGUGGGCGUGCAGGGUGACGCACGAACGUACAGCUACGCGGUAGCACUGUCGACGGAGCGCUACCCGCCCGACUGGAAAGAUAUGCACUACCUCGCCAAGAUCAUACCUCGCGUCUGCCACAACGUUAACAGGGUGUGCUACGCAUUCGGAGGGCUGAUCAAAGAGCAAGUAACGGACAUCACGCCCACGUUCCUCACACAGCAAGUCAUCUCAACGAUCCGCCAAGCGGACGACAUUGCCACACAGGUCCUAUUGUCAAGCGGCGCAGCAUCCCGUGUCGCACAGAUGCCGGUAGUGCUCAUCCCCAUCCACUUCGACCGCGACGCCGCCACGCGCGCGCCCUCCUGCCAGCGCUCCGUCGUGCUGCGGCCCUUCGUCACCUCGGACUUCAUGACGGGUGUAGCAGCCCUGCCCGGCUCGGACGCCAUGCCGCAGGACGUGAUAGACAGAAUGCGCAAAGAGCUAAUGAGCGUGCCGGGCAUCUCGCGCGUGCUGUACGACCUGACGCCCAAGCCGCCCGCCACCACCGAGUGGGAAUGAUCGCCCAAACUUUCUUUUAUAUGUUUCUACUCGUCUUGUACGAUUGCACCCGGGGCAGUGGUCCACUUUGCAGCUCUGAUGGCGUCUGCCCAUCACCGAUAAUCUCAUGCAGUUUGCAUACAAUGCGGCAUUUGGUAGAUCGAUUGAAUUCGUUGCCCCUACUUAGCCAGCAAUUUUCGCAUACCAUUGGUUGCAACGUCUAUAGAAACCUUGAGUCUCUAGGCCGUAAGCUGCAAUUUAAUAAGUAGCAACACUAAGUGGCCACUUUGCAUGUUAUAAUUUUACUAGUCUAAACCUGCAGUAUACAUUUUAACCCAGCAAAAAUAUUAAUUACCCCUUUGAUUGCCAAAGAGUAGGUCAAUAUCAACCUUCGACAAGGUACAUGAUGACGCGCCGCGCACGAUAGACGUGACGUUCAAAGGGAUAAAGGCACAAAAUAAGUAAUAGUACUUCCGUACAGAAAAGAAACUUCCCACAAAACCGAAGUUUGACAGUGAUUCAGGGACGAAUCGUGCUGUCCCUUUCUAAUGUACGGCACUAUCCCUUUCAGCUACUCAGGGUUGUCAAAAUUCAAAUCAUUAUUUUAUCUGUGGUUGUACACGCAAAGGGACGUCAAGUUGUACCAACCCUAAUAAUUGCUCUUAGCAAUGCUGAGCCGAACGGAGCCGAAUGCACGAAAGGAUCAGUUUCGCCCCCCUUAUAAAGAUUCCAGAAAUUAAGCAAACCUGAACCCUAUUACUUUGGCAUUUCAAAAAUCUAAAUCACUUUGGGGUUUCCUUAAAAGCGUCAUUCGACAAGUCAAACCCGGUCAGCGAUACCAGUUUAGACUUAAAAUUACAUAUUGUAAGAUUUAAAAUGCCAUAUUAAAAUGUUGCCAGAAAAAUUUAAAUAUAAGAUUGGUUUGGACCUCAAAUUUAAAUUCUUUUAACGAAAGAAAUAGUUGUGUGCGUCUCAAUAUUCUGAUGAAGAUCAGUUAUAGUUUGAAUGGCGGCGUAAAGGUACAAUCAUAUAUGAAAUAGUCAUGAUUUCAUGAAGUCAACUCACAAGCUAGCCUCAUAGUUUGCAAUUAUUCCACUUAUAUGAUCGUUCGUAAUAUAUAAAAUACGUAAAGUUAUAUUGUCCUUAUACCGCCAUACGACUACGAUUUACAUAAGUCCUACUUUGGAUCUCCAUGCGCGAUUUGUCUGUAGUAUACUUUACAAUUAUACUAUGUAUGUAUAUAUUUACAACGUAAUCACAGUAAAUUGUGUUCAUGUUAUAAAGACUAAGCUAUGCUCUAUGUACUGGAUUUAAUUAUUUUUAUAAUAAUGCAAAUAAGUGCCUAAUUUGUAUAGAAACAGAUAGUAUGGCUGUUCGAGAACAUUAGAGGCCGCGAACAACUCUGCUCAGAGUUGGAUAGCAAAGUGAGGGAGUGUCACGUAAACGUCAUAUUUUCAUAGAAACUUGACAUUAAUGAUGACAUUUCCACACUUGACAGUGCAAAUGGCAGUUAUUAGCUUAGUCCAACUCUAGCUGUCCUGUCCUAGUGCAAUUUUUCCUUGCGAUCAUGUAAUGCUUUAUUUACUUAACUUUAUUCACAUUAUACCUACAUAUUUAUUAUAGUUCUAUUGUCGCACUUGUUAAUUAUUAUUAAAUAUUUUGUGUUUCAUAUUUAAUUCGGACCAGUCAAUGAAUUUAGUUUCUAGUGCCAGAUAUAAUGUCUUUAUGAAACUUAACUAUCUUAAACAUGCAGUUGUUACGCGGUUAUCACACUGAUGCGGAUCUGCGUGCUACUCCGGUGUGAGAGCAAGACAGCACUUUGUAAGACUGUCACGAUCGUACACUUGAGCCUCGUGCGGAUCUGUAUCCAAUGUGAACAUAUACAAUGUGUGAUUAUAGUUAUUUAUUUUGGCGGCUGAUGAACUUUUGUUUUAUUUAACCUAGAUAUUGGUGUCUGUUGGUUUUGUUUUACUGUUAUGUGUAUUAUAGUAUAUUCGUUCUGGACCACUGCCCGUUAUUUUAUUAUAAAGUUGUAAAUACAUUGGUGUAAGAAACACAAUGUCGAGGUUCUUGUUAGCUCCACUGAUCAGUUUUGUAACUUGUAGUAAUUUAUUGUAAAGGCUGUGUAAAAAUUAUUAAAAAGCCCUUGAAUGUUCCGCGACAAGAUUAUAUUCGUCGUGUAUGAAAUCGAAAACAAAUUGUUUUAUGGAAUGGUUCAGUGUUAUUGACUGGAGGUUUCAUAAUAAAAUUAUAUUAUGCUUUAUUUUCACAA